AUGACCGGAUUCUGGCUGGUGAUGUUAUCAAGUCUGGUGAUUUUUCACCUAGGGCUCUUUAUCUGGGCCACCUUCAAGCAUUUUCUAACUGCAGAAAUCCCUUCUGCCUUGCAACAUCCCGUGAAGCUCAGAUUUCUGUACUGCUUGCUCCUGUAUGUGACCACGUUGGGGAACAUACUAGAGAAGCUGAAUAUUUGCUACAUGCCCAACUUUGCUCGCUUUCUACAUGAAAGGGUAUUCAGAAAGACGAAUGACCCUAAAGUGGUGGUUACCAAUCUGCUCUACGGGACAAUCCCAGUGAGGCUUUUCCAGCCCAAGGUGACAUCCAGUCGCUCCCGGAGAGGCAUCAUCUACUACCAUGGAGGAGCUGGUUUAUUAGGCAGUCUCGAUUUUUACCAUAACGUGUGCAGUUUUCUGGCUCGGGAAACUGAUUCUGUGCUAUUGGCAGUGGGGUACCGGAAGCUUCCUCAGUGCCAUUACCCUGUCAUUGCCAGUGACUGUCUGAAUGCCUCCAUUCACUUCCUGAGGACCCUGAAAACCUAUGGGGUGGAUCCUUCCCGAGUGGUGGUCUGUGGAGAUAGCAUUGGAGGAGGACUUGGGGUCUACAUCAGUCAGAUCUUAUUGGGACAAAAAGAUCUUCCCCAGAUCCGGGCUCAAAUCCUGAUUUAUCCAAUUAUCCAGUGUAUCAAUUUCCAGCUACCAUCCACUCAGCAGUACCAAAACAUCCCAUUCCUCACCCGGGACUUCAUGAUGAUGUGCCUUUGUAAAUAUUUGGUCAUUGAUCCAUGCUGGCGAGAUGCCAUAUUGAAAGGUCUAUGUAUACCGCCAGAUUUCUGGAUGAAGUACCAGAAAUGGCUCAGUGCUGACAAUAUCCCCAAGAGUUUCAAGAACAAAUAUCAGGAACCUCACUUUCCUGGGCCUUUUAAUGAGGCAGCUUAUCUGGAAACAAAACAUUUAUUUGAUAUAGAAAAUGAACCACUUCUUGCAGAUGAUGAGAUCAUCGCUCAGCUUCCUGAGGCCUUCCUGGUGAGCUGUGAGAGUGAUAUCCUCCGUGAUGACACCCUGCUCUACAAGAAGCGCUUGGAAGACCAGGGGAUCCCAGUGACCUGGUACCAUGUGAAGGAUGGAUUUCAUGCAUGUAUACUUUUAUUUGAUAGGAAGCCUUUCUCUUUCCCGUGUUCCCAGAAAAUUUUAGAUGCUGUAGUCCGUUACAUAAAGAGCAUAUGA